GCCGCCAUCUUGUACCUUCCCGUGCUGACCCAAUAGGAACGCUGGGAACUCAGCUGCCGGCCUGUCGGAAUCAGACCUCAACUCCCGCCUCCUUGCCGCUACGGCGGCUAUAAUAGCUAGUAGGAUUGAGACGUCCCUUCCGAGUUAGCCAAUCGCAAGGCGCGUUGCUGAAAAGUGCUAUCUGCUUGAGCCCUGGCGGACUUCUGCGGGGCCCAGGUGAGAAAGGCCCACCUGGGUCUUCUGUGAGAGUUGUUUGGGCUUCUUUGGGGCAGAGGUGCCGUCGAGUCGGUUCUGACUCAUAACGACCCUAUGCACAACUGAACGAAACACUGCCCGGUCCUGCACCAUCCUUACAAUCGCUGUUAUGCUUGAGCUCAUUGUUGCAGCCACAGUGUCAGUCCACCUCGUUGAGGUGACUUUUCCGCUGACCCUGUACUUUGCAAAGCGUGAUGUCCUUCUCCAGGGACUGAUCCCUUCUGACAACAUGUCCAAAGAAUCCUGAGACCAUGGAUCUCCCACAUACACUUUGAGACAUGCUUUAGAUGUUUUUUCUGGAGGUCUUGCAACUACCUUAGAAAUUGAAAGUAUUGUAGAACAAACCUAUGCAUAGGUAAAUAUUCGCUAGGCAAAGUUUAAUUGAAGAACAGACCAGUAUAAUUUGAGUAGCCAGUGUAAGUAGGAGCAUAAAGGAAACUCUGGUUGGAAACUGAAGAUGGGAUGGGAGCCAACUGCCCAGGAUCUUGAAAACAAGUCUAAGGCCAAUGGUGGCAGACUCUACAUAGAACUAUGCUCCGUGGUGUUCUGGGAAAAACCUUUCGGCUUAUUGGCUAUACUAUUCAGUAUGGCUGUAUAGCUCAUUGUGCAUUUGAAUACGUUGGUGGUGUUGUCAUGUGUUCUGGACCAUCAAUGGAGCCUACAAUUCAAAAUUCAGAUAUUGUCUUUGCAGAAAAUCUUAGUCGCCAUUUUUAUGGUAUUCAAAGAGGUGACAUUGUGAUUGCAAAAAGCCCAAGUGAUCCAAAAUCAAAUAUUUGUAAAAGAGUAAUUGGUUUGGAAGGAGACAAAAUCCUCACCAAUAGUUCAUCAGAUUUCUUAAAAAGCCAUAGUUAUGUGCCAAUGGGUCAUGUUUGGUUAGAAGGUGAUAAUCUACAGAAUUCUACAGAUUCCAGGUACUAUGGACCUAUUCCAUAUGGAUUAAUACGAGGACGUAUCUUCUUUAAGAUUUGGCCUCUUAGUGAUUUUGGAUUUCUGCGUGACAGCCCCAAUGGCCACAGAUUUUCUGAUGAUUAGCAAGCAUUUAUUCUUUUGACUUACUGUCUCCUGUUUGAGUGAAUUUAUU